AUGGAUAGAACAAUUAUGGAGGUGUUUCGUCUUCCUCUUGACAAUCCUGCAUAUGCUGGAAUUGCCGCAGGUGUUAUAGUUUUGGGUUUAUUGACUUCCAAAUUAACAAAAGAAGAAGAUCCUGAUAUUAAAAAGAUUCGUGAAUUGAUUGAACAUGACUCUGAGGAGCUUUCAUUGACUAACAAUAUAACUAUUAGAAGGAACGAAUUGGAUAAAAUUAUUGGUGAUUUGACUUUUCAAAUGAUAAUGGGAUUGAUCAUAUUGAGUAUUAUAGUUUUGAUUGUGGGUGCUCUUACCUAUAGAAAUAAUAGGUGUUGCAAAAGGUCGAUGAAUUGGACUAGAGAAAAACUGAAAUCCCUGGAUUCCUUUUUAGGAAAUUCAAGGAGCGAAUUUGAAGGGAUUCAAUUAAGGAUGAAAAUCAAGAUUGACAAAGAACUUGAGCAACUUGCAAGAAAGAACAAAAAUUGUAUUGACAAGGAGAUAAAGAAAAUUGAUAAAUCAGUGUUAAAGGCCACCCAAAAAAUAGAUAACGUUGUCAGUUCGAACGUUGAAAGGAUCGAGCGUGUUAAGCAAGGAUUCAUUGAUCUUAUUGAAACAGACGACCGAUUGAAAAAUUUAGUGAGUCGAUUGAAAAAUCUUGAGAAAUCAAUGAAUCAACUGGAAAAUCAGUUUGCGACCAGGUUCAAGAAACUAGACGAACAAGCCACCGGUAUGAAUACCAUAAUUCAUAAAUGUAUUGAUGCUACAGAAAUUAGUACUGUUGAGCUUUACAAAGGUAUUGAUAUGAUGAAAGUAAAUAGCUACAAAUGUAAUAUUCAGUUGGUGAAUUCGAAGAUCUUGUUUGAUGCUGCACUUUCAAAGUUUGAACUAGUUGAGAAGUCGAUAAAGAUGAUCGUCAACGAUGAUGAUGAUGAAGAAAUAUCAUGCGCUGACAAUAUUCAGGAUUUAUCAAGUCCUCAGUUACGUCUUGAAAACUGUCUUGAAUCAGCCAUUGAAACAAGAAAGAAAUUGGAUCUAUUGAAGUGCAAGAAGGACAACGAAUUAUCGAACUCCCAUCAGUUAUCUCUCAUAUUGGACGACCAUGAUUUAGAUAGCAGCGCAGAUAAAUCUUCAUUUGAAUACUUUAAAAUCUACUCAGAUACAACCGAUUUAGCAAUAGCUGACUUGAACGAGAGAUUAAAGAAAUUGGAACAUAAGAAGCCUAUAGAGCCACAAGAUUGUGACCAGUGGGUGAACAACUGGAUAUCAGCGAUGUAUGGACUGUUCAGCUCAGACAUCAUCUAUCUUCAAUCACAGAUUUUUGGAGACAGCAAACUAAAAGGAUUGGAGUUAUUCGAGGAGACAGGAGUCCAUUUAGAGUCAGACUAUCAGGAUAUUAAGGACUUUGUUGAGGAGUGCAAAGAAAUGUGUCUUAAACAGAUGAAUAGCAUAAGUUUACUGGUGGUAGAGAGUCAUAUGGUGGGGAACCACGACGACAAGAGUAUUCUAAAAGAGUGUACGAUGAAAAUAGAGCUGACGGUGAAACAAGUCUUUGAGGGAUUUAUUACCCGAAUAGGUAAUUUAAGUCUCGACCAAGAAGAAAAGAAAUCUUUGAGGGAGAUCUUGGUUCAUUUCAAACGGAGAUUAGAAACGGAUUUAAAAAGUGCGGCAAGUGAAUAUCUCGGAUUAUUUCGACACAAUGUGGAUGAUUUCUACUUGAUCCAGGAUUCAUUGGUCGAUUUAAAGAAGCAGUCAAAAUCAGAGGAAAGCUCGAAAAACUCAGUCUCGAUUCUUUCGGAAACGGCAGCUCAGAGCGAAAACUCUUUUCUAUCGACCUCAUCAUGGAAGGACGAGAAGUCGACGGAAUCUGAAAUCUAUAGGCCAUUGAAGUUAGUCAAGUAA